AUGGCCCUCUCCUGCGCCGCCGAGUGCGCGCUCUCCCUCGCCUGCGCGCGGUGGGUGGCCCGCCGCCUCUCCCUCUCGGGCGCCGACGACAGCGCGUCGUGGCCCGCUGCCUCGCCCGCCUCCUUCGCGCCCGUCCCGCGCGCCUGCCGCGCCGCGCUCGCCGCCUACGACGACGACGAGCAGCCGGCGGGGCCGCCGCCCUCGUCGCCGCUCUGCCCGCCGUACCGCCUCCUCCACGACCGCGCCCGCGGGGAGGUGGUGCUCGCCGUGCGCGGCCUGGGCCUCGCGCGGCCAGAGGACUACCGCCUCCUCCUCGACGCCGGCGGGCCCGAGCCCUUCGCUGGAGGGCACGCUCACCGCGGCCUGCUCCGCGCCGCCGUGUGGCUGCUCGACCGCGAGGGCCCCGCGCUGCGUCGCGUGGUGGCGGAGGCCGGCGGGUGCCGCCGCCUCGUGUUCGUGGGCCACUCGCUCGGCGCGGGCGUGGCCGCGCUGGCGGCCGUUGUGGCGGUCAGGUGCUGGCUCGGUAGGCUCGGGCUCCGCCGCGAGGACGUGGCGUGCUACGCGAUGGCGCCGCCACGGUGCAUGUCGCUCGCGCUCGCCGUCGAGUACGCGGACGUUGUCCACUCCGUCGUGUUGCAGGCAAGUCUUCGCAAUUGA